CGGACAGCUUGAGGGCAUUGCCUGGUCGACUUUGCUUUGGUUGAAUCUGCUGUCGGCGUUGCCUUCGCUGUUUGGGAGUUUUCUGACUGUGGAAACGGUUCAUUAACGAACACCGGGCGGAACAAGGGAGGACAACAAGGACCAAGUGGCUGGGGCGACCUAGAAAACUAGCUAGCUACUGUGGUGUCUGAACGAUCACCAGGUACAGAACGUAACCGAUAGGCAUGAGGGAAGCUCGGUAUCGUUAACGUUCAUCAACAGGAUUGUAAGUUAAAGAAACCUCAUAGGGGAAACGCAACGAGGACACCAGUCAACUGGCCAGCUUCCUCAGGAGGAAAACCACGACUGUCUAGACUGGGCACUAUUUAAUAGGUUAAGUAGCGGGUUAAAUAGCCAGAAUGAGGAAGUCGCGGCAUUACGGAUCUUCAUAAUUGCGGCUGUCUCACACAACAAUAGGCAGCUAGCUAACAGCAAGGUAGCCAGCUAGCUAUCUUUACACUACGUCAUCGCCGUCUCUACAGAGAAAGAAUUGGUGGCUAGCUAGCUUAAUUGCAUGGAAACGGUGGUAGUGUUGUUGUAGUAUUAGCUUGCCAAGGCAGACUGUGGUGUUAGAGGUGUGUAGUCCAGAGGUAAAUUGGGAAUGAUGAUAUUUGCAUUAAACCAUCAGGUACACAGUGAUCAACUGGCUCCUUAAAUCGUGUUUGCCUUGGAGACAGGAGGUGGUACGAGUCAGACCCUCGAGCAUCAACUUUAUUUUAGAGCAAGCGAAAAUAGCUAACAAUGUGAAUUAGCUAGCUAAUGCUAGAUGUAUUCCUUUGGUGUUUAGUUGACAUUUGUGGCUUGUUAAGUGAUCACCAACUUCUACGACCAAGAACCAGGCAUGUCCUUUUUAACGUUUCUGCUCCAGACAUUUGCCUGAUUUUGAUAGCCAGAUACACUAUAUCUUUCAUAGCAAAACACAGUGUUAUAGUUGUGUCUACAUUUUAUUUUGCCAGCCACUAGAUAACUGAGUUGAGUCUUGGCACGCGCCUGCUACAGCACAAUUAACACUUCUUCGCCGCGUGCGAGUAUUGGUUUAUUCUCCCCGAUUCUAUAUCAUUUUAACAACAAACAUUAUGGCAGCCGUCGUGAACUAUUCUCCUCCUUGGUGGGUGAAUUUGCUGCACCGAAUUCCUCACUUCAAUCUACAGUUCGAGCAAACUAGCAGCGAUUUUCGUCCAGAAGACUCCUCAUACCAACAGGCCAUCCUGCUGGUGGGGGGAGUGGCGCUGGCCUGCCUGGCGCUGGACCUCAUCUUCCUGCUCUUCUACUCCUUCUGGCUCUGCUGCCGCCGCAAGAAGACCGAGGACACGUCCAACGCAGACUGCUGCUGCACCGCGUGGUGUGUUAUCAUCGCCACCCUCGUCUGCAGUGCUGGCAUAGCAGUUGGUUUCUACGGAAACGGCGAGACAUGUGAUGGGGUGAAUAGGCUGACGUACUCUCUGCGCCAUGCCAACCGCACCGUGUCGGGAGUGCAGAGACUGGUAUUUGACAGCACUGGGGCCCUGAACCAGACGGUGGAUGACAACCUGCAGCAGCUGGAGGAGCGCUACAGCAAGCACACGGACUACGUGGCCAUCGUGCAGAAGCUCCAGGGCCAGCUGGCUGAGCUGGUCCGGCAGAUGGGGGAGGUCCCCUUCUGGGCCAACCCCCGCAUCUCCCUGGAGGAGCUGGCCGUCACCAUUGAGCUCUAUGACUGGUACAGAUGGCUGGGCUACCUCGGCCUGCUGCUCUUUGAUGUGCUCAUCUGUCUCCUGGUGCUCUUUGGCCUCAUCCGCAACUCCAAGAACACCCUGAUUGGAGCGUGUUUUCUAGGCGUGUUGGCUCUGGUUAUCAGUUGGGCAUCCCUGGGCCUGGAGUUGGCUGUUUCUGCGGGUUCCAGUGACUUCUGUGCAUCCCCUGACAUGUACGUCAUCAAUGUGACUGCAAAAUAUGGCGUCAUCAACAAAGACAUCCUGCAGUACUACCUGAGCUGCAGCGUGGGCCGGACCAACCCCUUCCAGCAGAAGCUGUCUGGGAGCCACAAAGCUCUGGUGGAGAUGCAGGAUGACGUGUCAGAGCUGCUGCGCUCUGCCAUACGCGAGUACCCACAGACCAAGGGCAAUCUGGAGGAGAUCCAAGGAGUGCUGAACACCACUGAGGUUGGCCUGCAUCAGCUCACGGCCCUGGUAGACUGCCGAAGUCUUCACAUGGACUACGUGCAGGCAGUGACAGGUGUGUGUUAUGACGGCCUGGAGGGUCUCAUCUACCUGGUGCUCUUCUCCUUCGUCACCGCCCUCAUGUUCAGCUCCAUCGUCUGCAGCGUGCCGCACACCUGGCAGGCCAAGAAGAAUGAGGAGGACAGUGAGGACGAGUCUCUGGCCCACAGUGGGCGGCCGAACCAUGACAGCCUGUACCGCGUGCACAUGCCCAGCCUCUACAGCUGUGGCAGCUCCUACGGCAGCGAGACCAGCAUCCCCGCCGCCGCGCACACCGUCAGCAACGCCCCCGUCACAGAGUACAUGACUCAGAACGCAAACUUCCAGAACCCGCGAUGCGAGAACACCCCUCUCAUUGGCCGAGAGUCCCCGCCCCCCUCUUACACCUCCAGCAUGAGGGCCAAAUACCUGGCCAACGCCACGCCAAACCCCGCCAACCCAGACCGCAACUCCGCAGCGCCCUAAACCACACCUGGCUAGGAGCACACCUGCAAGACCCCUUCAGCUCCUGGACCCUGGAACCAAACUGACCCCAGACCCUCUCCUCUCUCAGCCUCCAGAGUUCUCUGUCUAGUCCGCCGUUCUCUGCCUCUCUGCCUGUGUCUGUCUUUCAUGCGCCGUUCCCACAGUCAGGACCAACUACAGAUGCUUAGCCGCUCCAACCCCCCCCCCCCCCCCCCCCCCCCACCACCACCACCACCACCAGCCCAGCUCUUCCCCACACCAUUGACCCAGACUCAGCCUCCUUGUCUGGGGCAGGGGGGGUGGGCUCGUGGUGGAGCUGUGUUCGUCUGUGAUGUGUGCCGUAUAAAAAAGCGGAGCUGGCAUAAGGACUCGCUCGCAGGAUGUAAAUACCACCGUUGCCAUAGCGCCAAGGAGCGAGGCGCACUAUGAUGUUUCCAGAUGGCCAGUGUCUACCACAGAGAGCAAAUAAGCCAGCCACCACAGGCAAAAUAAAGCAAGUACAGUGUGUGUGUGUGUGUGUGUGUGUGUGUGUGUGUGUGUGUGUGUGUGUGUGUGUGUGUGUGUGUGUGUGUGUGUGUGUGUGUGUGUGUGUGUGUGUGUGUGUGUGUGUGUGUGUGUGUGUGUGUGUGUGUGUGAGUGAGUGAGUGAUUGGGUUCCAGUGUAACAUCUCUCUGUUCCAAAGCAUCCAGCCCUCCUCUUGUCUGAUGCCCCCCCCCCCCCCCCCACACACACUCACUCAGCCCUCUUGCCCUGCCCUUAGUCUGUCUCCUCCAUGGCCAAGCAAAGCCCACCCAGUCCCUGUAGAAUAGAACGUGACAGAAACUGUGAAGCUGUGACGUGGGUGACGCCAGAGGACAGAGACUCCACUUGUUGCCGCUGGCAGAUCAGAAGGAGCCAGUUGAGGCUGAGGGGUGAACCACAGCCGCGCUCCCUCCCCUCCAAGACUCCACUGUGGACACCAUGAGGAGUGGGAUUGGGAAACCAACAGAGGCAUACUGCAAAUGGACUUCUUAUUUUUAGCUUUCUUUUGUUAUUUUUCAUUUUAAUGAAUCCAUCUUCAGCGUGAAGUGUGAUUUUUAUACGGUUUGUGGGGAUUGGUCAUUAUGGUGUCUGUUCUGAAUUGCUGUUUGAAAACAUCCUAAAAUAGCUUUUUUAUAGACCUAUUUUGAAGGAUGACUGCCAUUGCUGUGAAAAAGACUAUUAUUUAGCGCUGAAAGGGAGAAAAAGAGGAGGGAGAACAAAGCCAGACUGAGCACUGAGUGUGUGUCGCCUAUAUCUCUCACAGACACCGCGGAAGGUGUGGGAGACGCUUGGGAAACAGGCUGGGUUUGUAUACAUUUGUGGAAAGCCCCACAAAGCCAGCACUUCCCUUGUUCACACACACACACACACACACACACACACACACACACACACACACACUCUCACACACACACACACUCUCACUCUCACACACACACACACACAAACUCUUAGAGUCACGCACUCAAGUGCAGCAGAUCUCCAGUCCCAGGCCCAGGCCCCAGUUAUCCGGCAUGCCCUGUGCAGCAGAGGAGCUCGGCCUCUGCCUGAUCCCUGGUCUUGUGCUGCUAGCCAGGCUGCUCACGCACACUUAAGCCCCUGUGGACUGGAGAUGAUCAUCUCAACUCCCUGCAGUACACACAGCAGCUCUGUCUCCUCCGCUCCCCUUUGGCCAGGGAAGCCUCUAGACCGCUCAGCCCUCCUCUGGGCCAGAUGCAGCCUGAGCCAGUCAUGUUGCCUCCAACUGGAAAAAGCACUCAUCUUUAAAGGCUCCUAGCAGCUAUUGAAUAGAGCUCAUCUUUAAAGGCUCCUAGCAGCUAUUGAACAGAGCUCACCUUUAAAGGCUCCUAGCAGCUAUUGAACAGAGCUCACCUUUAAAGGCUCCUAGCAGCUAUUGAACAGAGCUCACCUUUAAAGGCUCAUCGCAUUAUCAUAUCAUUUGGUGCUAGGUUCUCAUUGGCCAGUGGUUUCUCAAGGCAGUAUGAUAAGUGCUUGGCUUGGAGGGAAGUUUUGUGUUUCCAAUGCUGUCAUCCUCACGACGCCUUCAUAGAGCGACUGAAGAAGAAAGCAGUCCUCCUCCACUGGACUUGUGAGCGCUGUCCUUGAGCUGGACUGUGUGGCGUGGGGCUGGUCAGCUCAGGCUGAGUUGGGCUGAUGCUGUUCAGUUGUAUUGCAAUUGUAAGUAAUGACAAUUUCCCUGAAGAUCUGCAGCGCUGUGUCUCAUCAAAUCAUUCUGUUCUGUUUUGCUUUGUUUUUCUUUCUGAGAAAGCAGAACUGGACAGCCCUCUUGCACAUAACAGACACACACACAAAUACACACAUACACGCGUGGACACAUACACAGACGCACAUCUGGCUCCUGAUCAUAACGGCAUCUCUGCAUCUGGAUGCUGAGCAAUGUCUUGUGGCAGUGCUGAUACUCCCACGGAAAAGAUGUUUCUCUCUCUCUCACACACACACACACACACACACACACAUAUACACACACACACACACACACACACACACACACACACACACACACACACUUUCACCAACACCACGUCCACUUAAAGACUCUGCUGUGCUUCAGCACUGUUUAUCAGAUCCUACUGUAUGUUCUUGUGUUAGUCGUUUCACGUGAUCAAUGCUUUGCAUGUUUGCCUGUCAGUCUCUUGUUUCCUCAUGGAAACACACACACACACACACACACACACACACACACACACACACACACACACACACACACACACACACACACACACACACACACAGAGGUAGGGUGAGACCUGGAUUGCAUCCCAACCCAUGCCUUCUACUGAAUGUGAAAACCUGCAACAAUAUGAACUACAGUAUAUGACUUGUACUGUUGUCUGUGUUUUGUUCUAUGAAAUGCAAUAUGGAUUGACCGAUACCUAUAUUUCACAGUGGAACUGUAUGUGGCAUUGUUAACUGAGGAGAACGCUCUGUGAUCCUACUUGUUCUUAACUGAGGUGCUGGUAGUACAAGCUGUGGACAGGCUAACUCCAUAAGAGCAUGUGGUCUCUUUUCUCAUGCAUAGACACGAGUGGUCCAACGAAUUCCUUUGAACCUCUGAUUACAGUAGGUGAUGUAAGAGGAGCUCAGUGUCACUUGCUUUUUUGUGAGUAGGUGGUUUACAGUUACACACUGAUGCAUUGCAAGACUUCCUGUGUGAUUUAACAUUGUGUGCUACUGAUGCUACUGUCAAUGGCGUCUUAUCCCUUGGCCCCCUUGCUUUGAGAAGAGGGUGUCUUUGGAAUGUGCCAAUCACCAAACACCACCCCAGAGCCACCCGGCCUUCUCAGCCCCCCACAGUCGUCUCUCUGUUCCUGGAACAGGCAACACCUGGAAAACCAAACCAAACACAUGAGCCUGAGAGUGGAUGAGCCAGACAUUUGAAAAACUGCGUUGUGGUUUGAUUUCUUUCGUUUUGUUUGAUUGUUUUUGUCUGUGAGAAGACCCCUUGGUAUAAAGUGAUGCAGUCUCACUGAUUUUAAAAGUGGUCAUUUAUGUCUUUGUUAAUAUUGUAAUGCUAGACCAUUGUAUAUAUGCAGUAAAUAAUGUCUGAACGUUUGCAAUGGACAGACAGUGGCCUGUUAGCAGGUCCUGUUUGUAAUCCAUGUGUCGAAACAGUCAUGGUUCAUGUUUCUUUGCUUUUUAUUUGAAUUAAUCUGUAGGGUUUUUUAAUUGUUUUUAAUUCUUAUUUUACAUGGCAUUUUUCAAUGAUUAGCAAGCACCAUUUUAGUCUUUUAGGGGUUCUUUUUGUUUGUUUUUGCAUAUGUGAAUAAAUAUUUGUAUCUCAAUGCAAUGUUUUGAUAAGAUUUUAAUUUAGAUUUUUAGAUAUGAUUUCUUUUCUUUGGUUUUUAUUUUGUUUUUGUUUUUUUGUUUGUUUUAUUUUGUCUUUUAUAUUUUUUUCACUUACUAAAAUAUUGUACAUGUCAAACCUGUGGUUUUACUGAGCUUGAAUUCAGUGUUUUAAAAUUAAAGUAACAUGAAUAAAAAGU